AGGGCCCGGUCGCCAGCAACCGAGCGGGGCCCGGCCCGAGCGGGGCCUGGGGGUGCGACGCCGAGGGCGGGGGAGCGCGCGCCGCUGCUCCCGAACUGGGCCGCGCACGCCGCCUCAGGAACCGUCACCGUUGCUGGAGGCACCUGACAAAUCCUAGCCAAUUUUUGGAGCAUCUCCACCCAGGAACCUCGCCAUCCAGAAGUGUGCUUCCCGCACAGCUGCAGCCAUGGGGUCUGAGGACCACGGCGCCCAGAACCCCAGCUGUAAAAUCAUGACGUUUCGCCCAACCAUGGAAGAAUUUAAAGACUUCAACAAAUACGUGGCCUACAUAGAGUCGCAGGGAGCCCACCGGGCGGGCCUGGCCAAGAUCAUCCCCCCGAAGGAGUGGAAGCCGCGGCAGACGUACGACGACAUAGACGACGUGGUGAUCCCGGCGCCCAUCCAGCAGGUGGUGACGGGCCAGUCAGGCCUCUUCACGCAGUACAAUAUCCAGAAGAAAGCCAUGACAGUGGGCGAGUACCGCCGCCUGGCCAACAGCGAGAAGUACUGUACCCCACGGCACCAGGACUUUGACGACCUUGAACGCAAAUACUGGAAGAAUCUCACCUUCGUCUCCCCGAUCUACGGGGCUGAUAUCAGCGGCUCUUUGUACGAUGACGAUGUGGCCCAGUGGAACAUUGGGAGCCUCCGGACCAUCCUGGACAUGGUGGAGCGUGAGUGCGGCACCAUCAUCGAGGGCGUGAACACGCCCUACCUGUACUUCGGCAUGUGGAAGACCACCUUCGCCUGGCACACCGAGGACAUGGACCUGUACAGCAUCAACUACCUGCACUUCGGGGAGCCCAAGUCCUGGUACGCCAUCCCACCAGAGCACGGCAAGCGCCUGGAGCGGCUGGCCAUCGGCUUCUUCCCCGGGAGCUCGCAGGGCUGCGACGCCUUCCUGCGGCACAAGAUGACCCUCAUCUCACCCAUCAUCCUGAAGAAGUACGGGAUCCCCUUCAGCCGGAUCACACAGGAGGCUGGGGAAUUCAUGAUCACAUUUCCAUACGGCUACCACGCCGGCUUCAAUCACGGGUUCAACUGUGCAGAAUCUACCAACUUCGCCACCCUGCGGUGGAUUGACUACGGCAAAGUGGCCACUCAGUGCACGUGCCGGAAGGACAUGGUCAAGAUCUCCAUGGACGUGUUCGUGCGCAUCCUGCAGCCCGAGCGCUACGAGCUGUGGAAGCAGGGCAAGGACCUCACAGUGCUGGACCACACGCGGCCCACGGCGCUCACCAGCCCCGAGCUGAGCUCCUGGAGCGCGUCCCGGGCCUCGCUGAAGGCCAAGCUCCUCCGCAGGUCUCACCGGAAACGGAGCCAGCCCAAGAAGCCCAAGCCCGAAGACCCCAAGUCCCCCGGGGAGGGUACGGCUGGGGCGGCGCUCCUGGAGGAGGCUGGGGGCAGCGUGAAGGAGGAGGCCGGGCCAGAGGCUGACCCCGAGGAGGAGGAGGAGGAGCCGCAGCCACUACCACACGGCCGGGAGGCCGAGGGCGCAGAAGAGGAUGGGAGGGGCAAGCUGCGGCCAACCAAGGCCAAGAACGAGCGGAAGAAGAAGAGCUUCGGCCCCCUGCCCCCACAGCUGCCACCGCCGCCUGCUCACUUCCCCUCGGAGGAGGCGCUGUGGCUGCCAUCCGCGCUGGAGCCCCCGGUGCUGGGCCCGGGCCCUUCGGCCACGGAGGAGAGCCCCCUGCCAGCGCCCCUCAACGUCGUGCCCCCUGAGGUGCCCAGUGAGGAGCUAGAUGCCAAGCCUCGGCCCAUCAUCCCCAUGCUAUACGUGGUGCCGCGGCCCGGCAAGGCAGCCUUCAACCAGGAGCACAUGUCCUGCCAGCAGGCCUUUGAGCACUUUGCCCAGAAGGGCCCGACCUGGAAGGAGCCAGCCUCCCCGAUGGAGCUGAUGGGGCCAGAGGACGGUGGAGCCAGCAGUGGGGCUGGUCGUGUGGAGACCAAAGUCCGGGCCGGAGAGGGGCAGGCACCAUCCACAUUUUCCAAAUUGAAGAUGGAGAUCAAGAAGAGCCGGCGCCAUCCCCUGGGCCGGCCGCCCACACGGUCCCCGCUGUCGGUGGUCAAACAGGAGGCCUCGAGUGACGAGGAGGCGUCCCCUUUCUCCGGGGAGGAAGACGUGAGUGACCCCGAGGCCUUGAGGCCGCUGCUGUCCCUGCAGUGGAAGAACAGGGCGGCCAGCUUCCAGGCCGAGAGGAAGUUCAACGCGGCAGCUGCGCGCACGGAGCCCUACUGCGCCAUAUGCACGCUCUUCUACCCCUACUGCCAGGCCCUACAGACCGAGAAGGAGGCACCCACAGCCUCCCUCGGGGAGGGCUCCUCGGCCACACUGCCCUCCAGAAGCGGCCAGAAGACCCGACCGCUGAUCCCCGAGAUGUGCUUCACCUCUGGCGGCGAGAACACGGAGCCGCUGCCUGCCAACUCCUACAUCGGCGACGAUGGGACCAGCCCCCUGAUCGCCUGUGGCAAGUGCUGCCUGCAGGUCCACGCCAGUUGCUAUGGCAUCCGUCCCGAGCUGGUCAAUGAAGGCUGGACGUGUUCCCGGUGCGCGGCCCACGCCUGGACUGCGGAGUGCUGCCUGUGCAACCUGCGAGGAGGCGCGCUGCAGAUGACCACCGACAGGAGGUGGAUCCACGUGAUCUGCGCCAUCGCGGUCCCCGAGGCGCGCUUCCUGAACGUGAUUGAGCGCCACCCUGUGGACAUCAGCGCCAUCCCCGAGCAGCGGUGGAAGCUGAAAUGCGUGUACUGCCGGAAGCGGAUGAAGAAGGUGUCAGGUGCCUGCAUCCAGUGCUCCUACGAGCACUGCUCCACGUCCUUCCACGUGACCUGCGCCCACGCCGCCGGUGUGCUCAUGGAGCCGGACGACUGGCCCUACGUGGUCUCCAUCACCUGCCUCAAGCACAAGUCGGGGGGCCAUGCUGUCCAGCUCCUGAGGGCCGUGUCCCUAGGCCAGGUGGUCAUCACCAAGAACCGCAACGGGCUGUACUACCGCUGCCGCGUCAUCGGUGCUGCCACACAGACCUGCUACGAAGUGAACUUCGACGACGGCUCCUACAGCGACAACCUGUACCCCGAGAGCAUCACGAGUAGGGACUGUGUCCGGCUGGGACCCCCUUCCGAGGGGGAGCUGGUGGAGCUCCGGUGGACUGACGGCAACCUCUACAAAGCCAAGUUCAUCUCCUCGGUCACCAGCCACAUCUACCAGGUGGAGUUUGAGGACGGGUCCCAGCUGACAGCGAAGCGUGGGGACAUCUUCACGCUGGAGGAGGAGCUGCCCAAGAGGGUCCGCUCUCGGCUGUCACUGAGCACGGGGGCACCGCAGGAGCCCGCCUUCUCGGGGGAGGAGGCCAAGGCCGCCAAGCGCCCACGUGUGGGCACCCCGCUUGCCACGGAGGACUCAGGGCGGAGCCAGGACUACGUGGCCUUCGUGGAGAGCCUCCUGCAGGUGCAGGGCCGGCCUGGAGGCCCCUUCUAGGACAGCUGGCCGCUCAGGCGACCCUCAGCCCGGCGGGGAGGCCAUGGCACGCCCCGGGCGUUCGCUUGCUGUGAAUUCCUGUCCUCGCGUCCCCGACCCCCGAGAGGCCACCUCCACGCCGCGAGUGCCCCCUAGGGCGACAGGAGCCAGCGGGACGCCGCACGCGGCCCCAGACUCAGGGAGCAGGGCCAGGCGGGCUCGAGGGCCGGCCGGGGAUGCACCCCACUCAACUACUCAGAAUUUUAAACCAUGUAAGCUCUCUUCUUCUCGAAAAGGUGCUACUGCAAUGCCCUACUGAGCAACCUUUGAGAUUGUCACUUCUGUACAUAAACCACCUUUGUGAGGCUCUUUCUAUAAAUACAUAUUGUUUAAAAAAAAAAAGCAAGAAAAAAAGGAGAACAAAGGAAAAUAUCCCCAAAGUUGUUUUCUAGAUUUGUGGCUUUAAGAAAAACAGAACAAAACAAAACAAACACAUUGUUUUUCUCAGAACCAGGAUUCUCUGAGAGGUCAGAGCAUCUCGCUGUUUUUUUGUUUGUUGUUGUUUUAAAAUACUACGAUUUGGCUACAGAGCAGGCAGGGAAAGAGGCCCGGUGAUGGGAGGGUGAGCCUGGGGUUGGGCAGGACGCCCCGGAUACGGCACAGCCCGGUCUCGCCUCACCCCGGCUCCUGGACUUUGAUGGUCUGCGUACCAGUGCCUGUCCUCGCUCUGCGCCUGCUGGGAGGAGGCCCAGGCUCUCUGGUGGCUGCCCCUGUGUGCCUGGCCAGGGGAAGACCCGGGGUCUGGGGCCUCCCUCCGUCUGCGCCCAUCUUUACAGAAUCAACUCUCUCCCGGGGUUCGUCUCUUUCUCUCUCUCACCCGAGAGAACCGCAGGGGUUCCAGAGGCUUCCUUGCAGACGAAGCACCCCUGGACCUCCCAUGGCUCAGGGUGAGGGAGGCCCCCAGGCCCUUCUGGUUGGUAUUGAGUGUGGACAGCUUCGCAGCUCUUGGGGCGCAGUCCUGAGUGGGUCGGGGACACAGGGCCAAGGCAGGCCUUUGGGGUCCCAUUCGCCUGCUUCCGGGCAGGGACAAGGCCUGGUGUCCUUGGUCCACCCACCCACGCUGCUGUCACUUGAGGGGAAUCAGCUUCUUAGGAGUGGGUUGAGCUGAUAGAGAAGAAACAGCCUUCGGCCCAGGCUGGGAAGUGCCUUCUCCGGGUGCCUCCCCCUCGCCAGCCCUGCAUCCCUCUGAGGAGCCUUCCCCCCCUUAGCUGUCUCCUGCUCCAGGGAGGCGUGGAGGGAUAAUUCGCUUGUAUUAAAAACAAAAAACGGCUGAGGCAGGAGUUUGGGACCAGCCUGGGCUGCAUAGUGAGACCCCAUCCCUACAAAUUUUUUACAGAUUAGCUGGGUGUGGUGGUGCACACCUGUGGUCCUAGCUACUCGGGAGGCUGUGGUGGGAGGAUUGCUUGAGUCCAGGAGGUUGAGGCUGCAGUGAGCUCAGAUUGCACCACUGCACUCCAGCCUGGGCAACAGAGCGAGACCCUGUCUCCAAAAAAAAAAAAAAAAAAAAAAAAAGCAAUGUUUGUACCAUAAAACAGUGUCCUCACAGUCCCCAGGCUAGAGAGGACUAAGGAAAACAGAGAGAGUUACGCAGGAGCAAGCCUUUCAUUUCCUUGUGGGGGAGGGGGGCGGUUGCCCUGGAGAGGGCCGGGUGGGGAGGUGGGGGGGUGUCAGCCGAGAUGUGGAGGUGGUCCUCUGCACGCAGCUCUCGCCCAGCGUGGCGCCGACACUGUAUUCUUACGUUGUUUGAAAAUGCUAUUUAUAUUGUAAAGAAGCGGGUGGGUGCCGCUGCUGCCCUUGUCCCUUGGGGGCCACACCCAUCCCGUGGUGGGCUCUGAGACGGCCUGCGUAGACGGGCCGCAGAAGGGCAGGCCGGAGCUGCACGCUCUCCCCAUGAAGGUAUCUCUGUGUCUUACUCUGUGCAAAGACGAGACAACCCAGCGCCCUGGUUUUUCCCCACCCGAGAUGAAGGAUACGCUGUAUUUUUUGCCUAAUUUCCCGGCCUCUAGGCUCAUAAUGAAUUAAAGGUU